AUGGCUCCUCCAACAUUGAUGGACAGCAUAAGCGUCGAUGACAGAGCAAACGUUAAGUCAUCUAGCAUCCCGGCCGAUCUCCGUCUUGAAUCUCUUCUCAAGAACCAAGCCACAAUCGACGCUCAGAGCCGUCUCACCAUCAGAGACGUCAAGAAACAGCACAUCGAUAUCACACGUGCAAUCUACUUCUGGCGGUUCGACGACUUGCAUCAGUUUCAGCGCUAUCGUGACUCUGCGCGUUGGAACAUCGCCAUCUUCAUCGCAUUGCUCACGGACGUAACUUUGCCAAGUUUCAUCGGUGUCUUGAUUCCUGGACCGCGGAGCCAGCGUGCUCUGUACUAUCGUGCUCCGAACCAGAAGAUCGAGGAUCUAAAGCUGCAGAGUGACAUCUCCGGUAGCGAUAUGCAGCCAGGCCUCCUAGAGACUCUUAAGGCGAACGAGCCCGAUUACUACGUGCCCACGCUCCAGCGCAACACCAAGCCGAAGGUCAAUACCGAGCCGCCGCAGAUACCAAACACUACCAUCCUUGAUUUCGCGGUGCAAGAUGCUGAGUUUCUAGAGGUGCAAAAGCCAAAGCCCGAGGCGUCGACGACGGACUGGCCAGCAUUGCAUUUCCCUAAAACCUUACCGCCGAAUCUAGGGGAGCAGAAAGCUGCCGAGGUCGUGGACGUGAAGGAAGCUAUUUGGUUUUUAAAGAAUAGCAAGCCCCAAGAGAUGCUUGCUAAGCUAAUGGAGCUGUUCCCAGAGGAACUCCCCGUUCGACAGCCUAUAUUUGCUUCGAGCACUCCUACAUCAUUGCCUACCCGCCCGGAAGUCGUUACCCCGCCGACUUUUGAGGAUUUGGGUGCAUUCGUAGGCAACAAUGUCCCAAAGGACUCGAUGGACAGUGCGGCCCACUCCAAGUCGGUUGCCAGCAUGUCGUCAUCGUCAUCGUCACAGGUCAAUCAGCAGACGAGCAUUGGAAAGCGAAGCGCCGGUGAGCAAGAUGAGGGUCUCGAGGAGCGGGAGUAG